GCAAGGUAUGUGAAGCUCAUUCAUUGUUAGCGCCUCAUUAAUACUCAGUCCACGGGAUUUAUGUCUCAGCAUGAGUUCGAGUGCACAGACUGCCGAGGAGUGCUGAAGUUUGAGAGUCUGACUGGGAUUACACUAUCAAAUGUACUUUUUUAAGCAAGGUGUGAAGCAGUGAGUCAUUCCGUAUCAAACACCUGCACCAGUAUAAAUGAGUUAACCUCACUACAUCCCGGACAAGACCCCCUAUUCAUCCAUAUACAUUCAGCUGGAAUCAUUAGAUGUGGAAAAGAACACCAUGUUCUCGAUCGGCCGAACCUGCCUCAGAGGAAUCUACAGUUGUCAAUGGAACAGUCAAAACAGAAGACAAAAUAGGGCUUGCUGGUGGUUCUCCUUUCUGUCUUUUGUGUCCAUACUUGCCCUGAGUUGGAUGUACAUUUGUUUUAUUGCCUUCAACGACCACGAUGAUGUAAACUGGCUUGCCUUCAAAACCUUAAAAAAAUGGGUGAACUGGUACAUGAUAGUGAUGGUCGUUUCUGCUGUGCUGGCCACAUACUUCCUCUUUCUGCUGGUAUUUGGAUUGCUGCAUUUAGUAAUCAGAGAGCCCUUGAAUUUACACUGGCUGCAUAAGGUGUUUCUGUUUUUAGGUCUCCUUACUGUUGCUUUAGGCACAGCUGGAUUUUGUAUAAAAUGGGAAGAGGAGUGGAAAACUGUCUAUAUGUCAUUUCAGGCCACUGCUCCUUUCCUGCAGCUGGGUGCUGUGGUGGCUUUGACCUUGAUCAGCUGGCUGGUGUUCCAGAGUUAUCAUAGAGCAAAAACAGCUGCUUGUAAGGUUUUUAUAAUGAUGACCUUCCUGGUAGUGUCUGCUGCUGUGUUCCUCUGUCCUCUUGCAAUCUGCUCUCCAUGCAUUACCAAUAAUCUUCCCCCAAAACCGGCCCUCGUCGGACACCGCGGUGCUCCGAUGAUGGCUCCAGAGAACACCAUGAUGUCAUUCAGGAAGAGUAUGGAGUGUGAUGUGGUGGCAUUUGAAACAGAUGUGCAACUCAGCAAGGACAUGAAGCCUUUUCUUAUGCAUGACAAUGGUUCAAGCUUUUUGCUGCGAACAACUGAUGUGAAGGAUAAGUUUUUAGGUCGAGAUGGCGACAUGAACACUAACUUCACAUUGCAAGAGUUACAGACUUUAAAUGCAGGCGAAUGGUUUGUAAGGACAGAUCCAUUUCAGUCAGUGUCAUCGCUCUCAAAGGAAGAGAAGAUGGAAGCUAACAACCAGACAGUACCAUCUCUUUCUGAGCUCUUAGUCAUGGCCAAAAAGCAUAACGUCUCCCUCAUAUUUGACCUAAAAAACGAGAAAAACUCAACAGGAUUCCACAACAGUGACUCUUACUACAUCACUGAAACGAUCAAAAAAUCAGACAUCUCACCGGACAAGAUAUGGUGGCUUCCUCCAGAAUAUAGACACGACGUGAGAAACAUUGCACCAGGGUUCAAGCAGGUGUAUCAUAAUGAACAAGACAUGAAUGCGGCUGGUGGAAGCUUUCUGAAUAUGAAAUACAGUUCACUGAAUGCUCACGAAAUAAGUGAGCUGCGGGAAAAAAACGUGUCCGUGAAUCUGUGGGUUGUAAAUGAGCGCUGGCUCUUCUCAUUACUGUGGUGCUCCGGGGCCAGUUCAGUGACCACCAAUGCUUGUCACAUCCUCAAAAACAUGUCUAAGCCUGACUGGCAUCUGGAGCCUAAUAUCUACAUGGGAAUAUGGAUCUCGGUUGACGUGAUAUCGUGGCUGUUGAUGUUUGGCCUGUUUCUCUGGCAAAGCAGGAGGAGGAACCAUGUUUUUCGUCAGAAUACAAGCGAGAGAAGUGUCCCCCUGCUUCCUCGCUGAAUGAUACCAUCCCUGACACGACAGGGCGUUUCCUUGGUUCACUUUUUGAAGGAUUGUAUCUGGGCAUUAUAAGAAAACCACACCAUAUUAAAUGUUAUGCAGUAAAUUUA